AUGCGAUAUGUUAGACUGCGGCUGCCGUUGUACGCGCUCCUCAUCGAUUCCGUUUGGUGGUUCCGGACCGUGUUUGACCCCAUCGAUUGCCACGUCACACGUGAUGUACCAGCCGACGGGCGUGUUGACGGUGCCGCCCACACCGCGACAACGGAAGAGAUAAAGGCAGCGAUCGGGCUGGCCAUCAAGGAGCUCAGCGCGGCCGAGAACGUGCUGGCCCGCCAGCGGUGUCGCGAAGAGUACGAUCGACGGCAUCCUCGCGUCGGAUGCCUAGUGUGCAUCAGGCCUGAGCCCGUCAGAUUGGAAGCCGAGUCGCCGCUCACGCAAAAAUGCCACCAGCCCAGCCGCUCCAAGCAGCCAGUAGACAUCGGCCGACGGGUCGGCGUCUACGCGACGUAUACGAAGCGGCGCGCGGUGGCGAAGGAGAGGCUGGUGUUGAAGGCGGAGGGCGGGGCCACGGUCGAUACGAUCUGCGGACGUAUGGGGUGGACCGUUGGCAAGAAGAGCAGAGACGAGGAGAAGACCGGGCCUCUGGCAGAGGAUGCGACAACACUCGUCGCCGCAUACUCGUCGCCGCAUACUCGUCGCCGCAUACUCGCCGCUGGACUGCGCUGGUGGCUUGAGAAGCCAUAG